AUGUCUUCUGCCAAGGAGUCUAUCUUUUUCGCCAUAACUAUGAGCAGAAGCUCAGAUAACAAAACACUCAGGGCACAAGCCGAAAAUAUAAGAUCAUUAGCUAUUGCCAAUAUCCAAGGUAGCGAAAUCUCACAAGAUGAGCAGGACCGGAAGAAGUCGAGACUGGAUAGUGCUUAUAAUUCCUACUGCGAUUCGAUGGGGACCGAUAACGAGCGAUUGAGUUUCAGGAAGUUCGAACAGGCCGUACAAUCCGCCACGGGAAUUAGCGUACCUUAG